CGAGGAGGAGCAACUUAGCUAGAUGCUGUCUCAGCUGAUCAGGAAAAGCAAGCAGGCAAUGUUACUUGCUCCACUCACUCCCAUGCCCGGGGGCUGGGAGCUCAGCUCGGAACUCAAGGAUUAAUGGACUGAUCCACUAACAAUUGGGACUUGUAAAACAUACCCCGUCACAAGCCCCCUCCCUGGGUUUCCCCCCUCUCUCUGCACCUCUCUCUCCUCUGACUGUGUCUGUAGGUGAACAUGUGAGGUUGGGAAUAAAUCAUGCACACAGAAGAAGAACCACCAGCCAGCCAGGAGGAUGACUCCUCAGCAGAAGUCUAAUCUGCCGAAGGGGCAGAGCGAAGAAGAUCUGAGAUUGUGGAUGCAGGAGUGGGGCAAGAAGAUGAAACCCAUAGUCCAAAGAAGACGCUCUACCCCAUCUGCUAUUACCAAAGCUCUCAGCAAGUCCAAACACCAUUCCAGGGAAAUUACAGUUUCCUCGUCCCAUCCAGAUAAUGGGCUGCCAACCGGGGCUUUUAGUAGCCCUAAUUCUGUUUUCAUCCUGGAUGAGCGCGUACAGCUAACUGUGGGACUGCAGACCCAAGAGAGACACUUGUUCCUCUUCAAUGACAUGCUGAUCAUCGCCAAGUCAAAGUCUUCCUCAAGCUUGAAGCUGAAGAAGCAAGUGCGUCUCAGUGAAGUGUGGACAGGCACCUGCCUCAGUGAAGUGACGGAGAAGAAAAUGAGUCCAGAGCAUUCCUUUGUCAUUGGCUGGCCCACCACCAACUGUGUCAUCACCUUCAGCUCAUCCGAGGUGAAAGAACGGUGGCUCACAACAUUAUUGUGGCAAAUCAAUGAGACAAAACAGAAUGAAUAUCUGAAAGCCCUGAGUCUCCAAAUGCUUGUACUGGAUAUUGAAAACUGUUCUUCUACUGCUACAGUCAAUGUGUCUAAUACAGAAAUAGCAGACAAUGUGAUCAAGAAGACAGUUCAUCAGCUUGGACUUCCUGGCAGACCAAGUGACUACCAUCUCUGGGUGAUAUCUGGAAAGGAUGAUCCUGCUUACCCUUUAAUUGGCCAUGAGCAUCCUUUCAGCAUUGUCUUGAGCUCCCUCCAAGACACUGUUGACCAGCAUCAAGGUACCAACAACAAUACACUCCUGGCUGAUGGCACAGAGGCUUCCCCCCUGGACCAGCUUCCCAAGGACAGACAGUGCCAAUUCAUCCUGAAACCCAAGCCCCAAGCGCCAAUGCAGCUGAGGAGAGAAUCAUUGCAGAAACAUACCAAGAGGAAGAAAUCCUUGAUUGAUUGGGCCCUGCGUCGGAGCACAAGCACUCCCACAGGCAGUCCACCAUCACACUCCCCAACGACACCACGGAAGCUUUUUGGCCUGUCUCUGUCCUCCGUCUGCCCUGAUGGACUCCUUCCCAAGCCAAUUAUGGAUAUGCUGCUUCUCCUCUACCAUGAAGGUCCCUCCACAAGGGGCAUUUUCAGGCGCUCAGCCAAUGCCAAGACCUGUAAGGAACUGAAAGAGAAACUGAACUCUGGAGAUGAGGUCCAGAUGGAUGGGGAGUCCGUCUUUGUGGCUGCAGCAGUCAUCACAGAUUUUCUACGAAAUAUACCUGACAGUGUUCUAUCCUCAGACAUGCACGGGUUAUGGAUGGAAGCUGUGGACACAGAAAAUCGAGCACAUAAGACAGAAGUCAUUAAAAGCUUGGUGAAUCAGCUCCCAGAAGCCAACCUCCUUUUACUCCGAUACCUCUUUGGAGUCCUGCACCACAUUGAGCAGAAUUCAGGAGUGAAUCAGAUGAAUGCCUUCAACCUGGCUCUCUGCAUAGCUCCCAACAUGCUGUGGCUUCCCAGUCCUACUGGGCCCGAAGAAGAAAGCAGGUCUACAAAGAAGGUGGCCAUGCUAGUGCAAUUUCUGAUUGAAAACUCAGCAGAAAUUUUUGGAGGGGAUAUUGCAUCGUUGUUUCGAAGACCAGACAAAGAGAAAUCAAAAGGCUCAGAGGACUCCCUAGGUACUAGAAUGGCCCAGCACGAUGAUUCAUCCGAUGAGAUGGAGUUUGGUGCCUGCGAUCAGGAAAGACCAAAGCACCAGCCAGUUCCUGAAGCAGACAUUGUGUUUGACCCAUCCGGUGAUUUGUUACUCGAUGAAGAGCAGGAAGACUGGGACUUGUUUAGUGAGAUCGCAGCCUGCUACCAGAGCAAAACCAGGAAAAAUGCCAGUGCAGACAGCUAUGACCUUCUGGAGGAGGAGGGCUCCUUCUGCUCCAUGGGCUCAAUACGCUCGCUGAGCCCAGCAAGGGAUCGGUGCUCAUCUGAGCCCAGUGUCUGUGUCAGCUCUCAACUCCCUGCCCAGAGCCACGAGCCAGUAGCCCGCCAGUCCAGCUGCGAUGCCACCAUCAUGCACAGUCACACGGACUACAUUCAUAGGCUGAAGCAGCUGCAGCUGGAGAGCCAGAAGCUGAUUGAUGAAGGCCUGAGUCCCAGGGUUAAUAAAACCAGGCCGAAUUUCUGGCGCUCACCUCAGACUGGAGCUAGGGUGAAGAAGCUGAGCUUUCAAAAAAACAGUCUGUCCAAUAGGUCCAGCUUUUCCAGCCUGUCCUCUACCACCACUUCUCCCUCUGCCUCCUCAUUAAGUUCCUUAGACAGUGCUUUCUCCUACUGCUCAGAGUCUUCAGCCUUCAGCCCCACAGAUGUCUCCUCCUUGCCUUUCAUGUUCGGCACUUCUGCCAGGCUCUACGCCUUAUCUCCAAAGGCAGCAAAGCAGUCCCAGAAAGAGUGGCACAAGCCCUUAACCUCUCCUUUGCCCUUGAACCCUUGCAAUUUGGACUCUUGUAAUGAGUAUGAGCAAAAGGACAUAGGGUGCAGCCAUAGCACUGGGGAAGUAAAGGGCUUUACCCCCAUCAAUGGAGGUGCCGUGGGAAGCUUGCUAAAUGAGAGUGGCAGUGAAGGGGAGGAAAGAGAGAUGGGAAGUACAGGGCUCUCUGGACAGGGUUGUCACACAAGAAGUGAAGGUUAUUUCAAAGAGUGUAAUCACAACGCAGGCCAUGGCACCCACACCCAAGACAGUGAAAGCUCCUCUGCAAUCAGCCGGCAAGUGCACAGAGAGAAAUCAGUGAAGCACAUUGAAAUAAAGGGCUCUGAGGUGUCCAGACAGGAAAGCCUGAAGCGUACCAAGAUAACCUUUUACAUGGCCCCAAAUACAGAAAGUCCAAGGGGGUCUCCAGUAGAGCAGGAAGAGAAAGGUUUGGCUGUGAACCUCAGCACCAGCAACUCAAGCAGCAGUGAACAAAGCGCCUCCAGGAGUCUACCGACAGUUAGAGUGCAGAUCCCCCAGACAGUGUUUUACGGGCAAAACACCCCGUUGGUGCUGCAGUCAGUCUCCAGGCGAUACCAUCAUGAAUGGACCAACCACUCCCUGCAAGCAGAAUACAGUCAGGUUGGCCAGAACACCUCCCCUCCAGAGGAGCUGGCAGAGGAGGCACAACCAGAGGCACAGGCCAAAACCCACAGCAAAAACAUCAACACCUUCAGUCACACCAUCCGCAUCAUCCUCCCUGCCUCCAUCCGCAGCACCGUCCGGGAGUACUUCAAGCAUGAUGAGGUCAAGGCCUGCCACGCAGCAGAGGCAGAAGCUGUGGAAAAUGAGCUCAUCCGGAGCAGGGUGGAGUGGCUGAGGAGCCAGCCCCGCACAGUUGCAUCCUCAGAGGAGUGUGAUGCAGUGGCGUUCGCAGAAGAGACGUUUGUCUAGGAAAAAUAUGAGUGGGAGCUGUGACUGCUGACUCUCUCCAGCGUGCUGUGGAGCUUGUUCUAUAGAGGCAUGACCGAGGGGUGAAGAGCCCAACAGGCUGCAUGGGUCAAUAAGUCUAAAGUGAUGAGAUGUGCAAUUCAUGUUGGAGUUUGGGUUUGGUUGCUGUUGUCGUCGUUCUCUUUUUUUUUUUUUUU